ACGCACGGCGAGGCUUCGAGCGAGGGUGAGGCUCCCCUAUGUCGUCGUCGUCCUCGUUGGCGGCGGCGGCCGCGGCCGCGCGGAAGCGCGCGCUGACGGAGCAGAAGUUCUCGGAGCUGUCACCCGCGCUGUCCCCGGAGGUGGUGAAGGCCCUGAGGGCCGGCGGGUUCCGGCGGUGCACGCCGGUGCAGGCGGCGGCAAUCCCGCUGCUGCUGUCGCACAAGGACGUGGCCGUCGACGCCGCCACCGGCUCUGGCAAGACGCUCGCGUUCGUCGUCCCCGUCGUCGAUAUCCUCCGCCGCCGCCCCUCGCCUCCCAAGCCCCACGAGGUUCUUGGCAUCAUCAUCUCCCCCACGAGAGAGCUGUCCUCUCAGAUAUACAAUGUGGCGCAGCCAUUCUUCGCGACGCUGAAGGGGGUGACAUCCAUGCUGCUGGUUGGUGGAUUGGACAUCAAGGCAGAGCUGAAGAAACUGGAAGAAGAGGGUGCAAACAUACUGGUUGGCACCCCGGGGAAGCUGUUCGAUGUCAUGGAACGCUUGGACACUCUCAACUACAAGAAUCUUGAGAUUUUGAUCCUGGAUGAAGCUGAUAGGCUGUUGGAUUUAGGAUUCCAAAAGCAGAUUACAUCUAUUAUUUCAAAGUUGCCUAAGCUGAGGAGAACGGGGCUUUUUUCGGCUACUCAGACAGAGGCUGUUAAGGAGCUGGCAAAAGCAGGGUUGAGGAACCCUGUGAGGGUUGAAGUUAAGACAGAGGCGAAACCCACAAGUAAAGAUGGUGCUCAGCAAGAGCUUGGUCCAUCCAAAACACCGCUAGGGCUUCGGUUAGAGUAUAUGAUAUGUGAAGCAUCAAAGAAGUCAUCACAACUUGUUGAUUUUCUUGUGCAGAACAAUGGAAAGAAAAUAAUGGUAUACUUUGCAACAUGUGCUUGUGUAGAUUACUGGGCUGUUGUUCUCCCAUUGCUGGACUCACUCAAAGGUUCUCCGAUAAUUCCUUACCAUGGGAAGAUGAAGCAGGGCCCUCGUGAGAAAGCAUUGUCAUCUUUUUCGGCCCUCUCAAGUGGUAUUCUAGUUUGCACCGAUGUUGCAGCAAGGGGUCUUGACAUACCACACGUUGAUCUGAUUGUGCAGUAUGAUCCACCUCAAGAUCCCAAUGUGUUCAUACAUAGAGCAGGUCGUACUGCACGUUAUGAUCAAGAAGGGGAUGCUAUUGUAUUUCUCUUACCAAAGGAAGAUACUUAUGUUGAGUUCUUGAAGCGUCGAGGUGUACCUCUCACUGAAAGGGAGUGUUCCACAAAUGCUGCAGAUAUUGUACCACAGAUCAGAAGUGCUGCAUUGGGAGACCGAAAUGUCAUGGAAAAAGGGCUUACAGCUUUCGUUUCGUUUGUUCGGGCAUACAAGGAGCACCAUUGUUCUUACAUUUUCAGGUGGAAAGACCUUGAGAUUGGAAAUUUGGCUAUGGAGUACGGCUUACUCCAAAUUCCAUCUAUGCCAGAAGUGAAGCACCAUUCUCUUUCAUUGGAAGGGUUCACUCCUGUUGAUGAUGUCGACGUCACUAAAAUCAAGUACAAGGAUAAAGCUCGAGAAAAACAACGGCAGAAGACACUGAAGAGGAAAGCAGAAGAACUAGCUCAAAAGCCAGAGACAGAGAAGAGGAAGAGGAAAGCUCCAGAGAAGCCUGAAAAACCCAAACGGAAGAAGACAGGUAAGCAGCGUCAAGCCGUCCAAACCAAGGAGGACAUAGACGAGCUCGGACAUGAGUACCGGCUCCUGAAGAAGCUGAAGCGGGGGGUGAUCGACGAAGACGAGUACGAGAAGCUCACCGGAUUCGGGGACUCCAACGAUGGAGAUUCCUCGGAUGGCGGCGAUCCUGACCUGGACGAGAGGAAGGAGAGGGGCAACAAGGUUUUGAAGAAAGUCAAGCAGAAAGGGAAUGCAAAAGGGUCCAGGAAAUUCGUAGGGAGUAAACAGAAGAGCAGGAGAAGAUGAAAAACGUAACAUGUAUCUUAUUCUUUGCAAGUCUUUUUUAGAAAAAAUUUUGGGACAGUUUUGGCCAAAUUUUGUGAUUCGUGGCAGUCAGUGAAUGAGCAUGACCCAUCCUUCA